AUGGCAAAGCGGACUAAUCUAUUUUUCUUGUGGACUACAUUGUUUACAGUAUCUGUUUGUUUGACAACCAUUGGAGUAUUCUCCGGAUUUAAUCACUCAAUGGGUAAAUUUAGGUCAAUGUUGGUAUCCCUACUCAUAGUGCUUUUGGGUCACUUUCUAUUCGGAGAUCCCAUCAGAUUUCUAAUACUUGCUAGCUUAGACGCUUUUUGGAGUCCACAGAACCUGAAGUAUGCAACAGUUGCAGAAGUUGGCCAUCAAAAACAGUUAGAUUAUUUGAACUUGCGAUUGAACAGUUUACGGGCCCAUCUCUCAAUACCGGAAAAGCAUCGUAAUGAAAAGCUGAACUCCCAGUACAGGGAGAUAGUAAAUGAUUUAUGGCUGUUUGGAAAGUAUUUCCUGUUUAUAAUGUGUCUAGUACUGUUCUUAUCCGAUGAGACUACGUAUUACACUCGAAAUCACAUUAAGCGCCUUUUCACAUACAAUUAUUCCAGUUAUUAUGGUUUGUAUGAUGUGGGCGAAUUGACAGGUGCCUAUGAUUUCAUAAAAUCUACGCUAAUUGAUGACUUUGCUAUUGAUGGAGAUGAAUCUCAAAAAUCAUGGAUUCAUAGCGAGCAGACUGCUUUGCUUGGAGUCGUUCGACUACGUCAAUCGCGUGUGACUGAUUUUCAGCAUGAUAGAGUGAGCGACCCUCCUUUUUCAGAGAAAUCGUAUUUGCCUGGAUGGAAAUUACCAUAUCGGCGUUUUCCUUACGAUGAAGUCUAUUGGCGCAUCUAUGAACCGUGGGUAUUCAAAAAUCUGCAUUCGGGACUAAACUUGUUAGUAUUGCAACAACAUACAGGAUAUCUUCGCUCAUAUCCCAAGUUAAGUGGUUACAUGUCGCUACUUGCGCGCAGUCAACAAAAUAGUCACGUGAUCGUAAGAUUCCUACGCAAAAAUAAGUGGCUCACUUACAAUACAUCGGUUCUAUUUAUGGAAUUCGCAUUGUAUAGCGUUAAUGCAAAAUUAUUAGCUGUGUGCACCCUGCGUAUAGAGCAAACAACCUUUGGCACCAUGAUUCCUUAUGUGAACGUAAAUGCAAUAAGCUCAUUUCAAAAAGUUGACCAUCUUACACACCUGACAAUACUUUUUAUAAUUAUGUAUAUCAUAACUUUUGUAGACUUCGUUAAGGGGCUUGCGAUCAAAUUGUGGUUUGAACCGGCGCAAAUUCGUUCAUUUUGGAACAAAGUGGAUGUUGCAAUAUUUGUGCUUAACAUCCUCAUAUUAAUAAUGAUUUUCAUACGUGAGUCAAAAAUCACGAACAUUUUUGACCAUCUUGCAAAUGACAGCAAAAUGGAGUUCAUACAAGUAUUAGAAGCAACUCACGUGCACUCGUUUACCACAAUACUUAUUGGAUUUCUCUUGUGUUUGAUUACUCUUCGAUUAUGGAAGGCUCUCGAAUUCUCCAAUGUGUUCCAGCUCUUCACACAAACCCUGUAUUUGUCUUGGCGAGCGGUGGCAUCUGUUGCUGUGGUCAUUAUCGUAUUACUGUUGGGUUUUGCGAUUGCGGUAUCUACGUUUAAUGGCAACAACAGCUUCAACUUCUCUCAAUUUCGCCAGAGUAUCAUCACAUGCACAUGCUUCACCUUCGGAUAUACCAAUGGUGUUAGUCCGGAAGAACUGUUUCGUGGCGGCCAGUUCAUUGGCGCUAUAUUUUUUUCGAUCUUGGUAUUCGUUAUUUCGGUGAUUUUGGUAAAUAUGUUCGUAUCAAUAAUAAACGACUUUGUUUGCACUGCAAAACAUCAAAGGGAUAUGAUAUCCGGUCGUCGCAUCAACAUAUUUCAAUUCAUUUAUGCCGAAAUGAGAGUUUAUGUUCUAAAGAUAAAGCAAUUUCCAAAGUUUCGUAUAUGUUAUCGUCGGAAUAAUCGAACUGUUUCUGAAAACAUCAUGAAAUCAAUACAAUCGAUAAGAAAUAAAAGGAAGAAGUGGGAAGCUACCAUCACCAAGGCAUUUGUUGCAAAAAAUACAAUAAGUCCCCUUGAUAAUAUUGUGGAGCAUGCAGAAAGUAAAUAUAAUCAGGAAAGAAUCUAUACAAUUGGCGCAAUAUUGAAUACUCAAAUCGAUAUACUUCAAAACCUUUCGCAUCAUCAUAAGCGUACACGUAGACAAAGUGAAUGA